UAGAUGCUGGGACAGUGUAUAGUGAGUCAUCCCAUAGUUAGCCGGUUCUGUCACGAGAACGACAUAUACUAGCUGUUCCUGAGUUCUUUCCAUAUCAUCGUCUGUCAGAGGCCAUCGGGGAUUUUUCUGAAUAUGAUGUUAAAUUCAUGGUACUCAACUGAGCAUUAUUGAACCUGGCAGUGUUCGAGUUGAUGGAAAUAAUUCUGCCUUUAAGUAAAUGUUGGUUGGAACGCUAAAUAGAAUUUGCUAGGAAAUCAUGUAGCCACCAUUAAAUUCACUUGCACGUUGAAUUCAUAUUCAAAUGGCCUUUAGUACAUUAGUAAUGCAAUCAAUUAAUCUAAAAUUGCACUUACACAUAUACUGAAUGAUAAAACAUCUAAACAGCUCACUGUAAUAUACACUUUGAUGGCAUGCGCAUUAAAGGUUUGUGUGAUAGUUGUGUCAGUAUUUAUGCUGAUAUGCUUAACCUUUAUGGACUUUUCUGUCCAAAGAACACCAGUUACACGCCAGAAUAGUCUAAAAUUGGUGCCGGCAAAGCCAAAGGCCUCUACCAUUUUCUCAGACGCAAUUCACGGUUCAGUUGAAGAACCAUUUGUCUUCAACUCCGUUAGCAAUCGAACACAAGAUAAAAUUCCGAACAAUAAUUCACCGGUGGACACCACAGAAAAGCGGAAACGCGCGCGCGGUAAGGAUGCAGAAGUAGCAGCCCAUGCAGACAAAUCUAGGCAAAGGAAGUCCCUGGUAAAUAACUCUGAAGGAAACCGCCAGGCACGGAGUAUAUUGAGAAAAAAUCCUGCCAACCACACACAUGAGUUUGUUCUACAAAGUACCAGUAACCAGACACCAAACAGUACAGACACUGUAACACAACAUGAAGACAGACAGACAGAAAGCCAAAGGACUGGCUUACCAAGGUGUCCAGUUGUGUCUCCACAUCUCAUCGGCCUGCAGAAAAUUCCCGUGGUGGCGCCACCGUCGUGGUACGACGUCGAGUACAAGUUUGCGUUUUCGGACGUCGAGCCGGGGGGGCGGUGGCGGCCGGACGACUGCGCAGCGCGGCACCGCGUCGCCAUCAUACUGCCGUACCGCGCGCGCGACGCCAACCUGCGCGUGUUCCUCGAUUACAUGCACCCGUUCCUCCAGCGUCAGCAACUAGAUUACGGCAUCUACGUAGUCGAACAGGAUGGAGACGACCCCUUUAAUAGGGCAAAGUUGUUGAAUGUAGGUUAUGCAGAAGCGAUCAAGGACUAUGACUGGCAGUGCUUUGUGUUUCACGAUGUCGACUUGCUACCAGAAGAUGACAGACUAACAUACGCGAGCCCAGGUCAGCCUGUGCACCUAUCCACCGCCAUAGAUUCCAUGGACUUCAAGCUCACGUUUGAGAAUAACUUCGGAGGUGUGACAGCGAUGGGAAGAGACAUGUUUGAAUUGGUGAACGGUUACUCGAACCUGUACUUCGGCUGGGGAGGAGAAGACGAUGACAUGUACCGAAGAAUGAAGCACCGUAACAUCCUGAUGACCCGCUAUCAGCACACCAUGGCAAGGUAUAAGGACACGAAACUAAGCAGUCAUAAAGCUCAGACGAAAGCUUCGGAAAACAAAUUUAGAUGGCAUCUGCUGACACGACGAGCGAACGUGUUGCCCGUCGACGGCCUCACUCGUUGAAGUACACGCUCAGAUCGCGCCGGUUGAGUCCGCUCUGCACCUGGCUGCUCGCCGAUAUCGUAUCCGACACGCCGCGAGUUAAAGGCCUCAUCCUGCCUCUCGACCCAAACGCUCCAGAAGGGCGGCCUCUACAGCAGACGGGCAGCCUCGACCGCGCCCUCAUUCAGCUGGUACACGCCGAGUCGAUCGACGAGCAGCCGGGCGGAUGAAAGCGGCUGUGAUAUCAAUCGACGCGACGCAUUGGCGGUGGGUCAGAAGCGGGCUCGCGUUGUGUGCCACCGAUUCCAUUAUCGAAUCUACGAAAGUUUUCUUUGUGUAAUAACUUCCUGGGGCCGGUUUCACGAAGCGUACUUAACUUAAGUAUGAUUAAAUCACUAAUGCAUAAGCUUAACUUCCGG